AUGACAAAUCGGCCCGUCGGGCGAGACCUCACAAGAUCUCUGGAGCCAUGGAUCGAGCAGCUGUCCUGGAAACCGCGAGCGUACCUGUACCAUAACUUCCUGACGGCCGCCGACGCGGAUCACCUGGUGGCGAUCGCGAAGCCCUUUAUGCAGCGCUCCACGGUGGUUGGACUGGGCGGGAAGUCUGUGCUGGACAACGUGCGGACCUCCUACGGCACCUUCCUUCGCCGCUACCAGGACCCCGUGGUGGCAGCCAUGGAGGAGCGGCUGGCGUCGUGGACCAAGCUGAACAUUACGCACCAGGAGGACACCCAGAUCCUGCGCUACGGCCCUGGGCAGAAGUACGGCGCGCACUAUGACUCGCUGGACAACGACUCCCCCCGCACCGCCACCGUCCUCGUCUACCUGGCCGACACCGAGGAGGGAGGCGAGACCGCGUUCCCCACGGUCCGCGGGGCUGCCAGGGUUAGGGGCUCUGAGUGGGUGGACCCCGCCCUGGAGCAGCGGCUGGGCCCCUUCUCCAGCUGCGCCCAGGGGAGCGUGGCGGCGCGGCCCAGGAAGGGGGACGCCCUGCUCUUCCACUCUCUGAAGCCGGACGGCACCCACGACCCCGCCGCCAUGCACACCGGCUGCCCUGUGGUGAAGGGCACCAAGUGGACCGCCACCAAGUGGAUCCACACCAAGCCCUUCCGGCCCGAGGGCUUCCCGGACCACACGCCCCUUCCGGAAAUCCCCGUGCCGGAAAUUUGCUCGGACAGGGACGAGCGGUGUCCAGGCUGGGUCGAGUCUGGGCAGUGCAGCAGCAACUCCGGCUUCAUGGUCGGCGACAUGUUCCAGUUGGGGGCCUGCCGCAAAUCGUGUGGGGCCUGCAAGGAUUGCGAGCAGGGGGACGUCGUGUGCCUGUCUGAGAACAGGGAGAAGGCUGGCUUCCUGCCGCUCAAUCUGGAGACUGGGAAAAUCAUCUGA